AUGGCACGCACUUCACCAAACAUCAUCGUCACGGGCACGCCCGGCGUGGGCAAAACGACGCAUUGUGAGGCACUGGCCGAGAAGACGGGGCUGAGGCACGUGUCGGUCAACCAGGUGGUCAAGGAUAAGCAGUGCCACGAGGGGUGGGACGAGGAGUACUUGUGUUGGAUUGUGGAUGAGGAUAAGUUACUCGAUGCUCUGGAAGACGAAGCCAAGGAAGGCGGUUGUAUCAUAGAUUGGCACGCCUGUGAUUUGUUCCCCAAGAGCUGGAUCGAUCUGGUUGUUGUGCUGAGGGUGGAUAGCUCGACGCUCUAUGAUCGGCUUUCGGCGAGAAAAUAUCCCGAGGCAAAGCUCCAAGAGAACCUCGACUCGGAAAUCAUGGAGGUGCUGCUCCAAGAGGCACGGGACUCCUACGACGAGGAGAUUGUGGUGGAGUUGACCAGCAACACGGCCGAUGAGAUGGAGAGUAAUGUAGAGCGGGUUGAAGCGUGGCUCGUGCAGUGGAAGAAGGACCAUGGUGGUGAAUAG